GUCACGCCGGCGGGCGCUAAGAGCAGCUGCCCAGUGUUGGGCGGCUUUGAGUACCUUUCAGCACCUGCGGGUUGGAGGGAACGCUGCUUGCAGCUCUGUCGGCACGUCUCCGUCCGUCCUUACCCGCCUUAUCCUGCACCCAGUCGCCGAGAGCAACCUUCCUCCGCGACCCCACGUCUGAGGCACGGCCGGAGGCUAGAGGCGGCCCGCCGGGUUCCUGUCUGGCCCUCGCCCCCAGCGCCCGCGGAGCCCGCCGCCCGCGGCCUCAGCGGGACGAUGCUGGAGUCCAUUCGCGUGACGGAAAAGCUUCACUGGCCUGAGCAAGAACUUGCUAAGAAGUCUAUUCUAAAUGCAGAAGAGUCCUUGAUCAUUGACAGCAAAGGAAGCAUUUCACAUUUAUCUCCUGGAAUACUAAAGGACAUUUUCACAACUGGAACCAGUAGUUACAAUGUCCUACUACAGAGCAAAGAGGAGAAAAAGCAUCAUUCACAAAAACAGUCUUCUUCCACCUACUCCAAAAGAUGUAGAAAACCCAGCAAAUCUAGCUCUUCACGUAGUAAAGAUCUUCGCAAGAUGAAAGCCCCAUUGCCUGUGAUGAGCAGUGCUACUUGGUACUGCCUAGAAAGGCAGCCUGCUGUUUUUGUCACUAGUUCAGUGUCAAGUCCUGUAAAGUUUACACAUGAUAUCUCUGUUACAGGAAACCGCACAGUACUGCCACCUAAACCCAAAAAUGAAAGAAAGGUCAAGCGACGCCAUUUCUCCACUCUUCCAAAGCCAAAGCCGCAGCCUCAGCUGUCUAGAAGUUUUGAAAAAGGAGAUGACUUUUCUGGAAAGAAAUUUUGUAUACUGAGUGCUAUAAAGCCCACCAACUUGGAGAAAGAAAAAGUGAGAUUCUUUAAGUCUGACUAUACCUACAAUCCUCAGUUUGAAUAUGCUAAUCCUUCUCUGCCAGGUGUGUUAGCCAAGCACAGCAACGCAACUGACCGGUUUCUUAAGCAGUCCAUCAAUAUUAUGGAACUGACUUUACAAAAGUAUGGAAGCUAUGAAAAAUUUGAACAGGCCACUGGUGGUAGCCUGCUAUCUAAAACUCGAAUCUGGAGUCAUGUUAGGAAAUACAUGAUGAAAGAAGGCUGCAUGGGUGAGAUUGUAGUUCAUCUCACUGAGGACCUGCUUUCCCGAGCUUCCAUGACAGUAGUAAAUGGAUGUCCAACACUGACCAUCAAUGUUUGCACCGCACGUGAGCAUUGGCUGGAAGGAAUGCUGAGGCAUGAAAUAGGCACACAUUAUUUUCGAGGUAUUAACAACCUUCAGCAGCCAUGGAACAGUUGGACUGGCCGUAAAAAACAUGAGCUAAAGCCAAACAAUCCAACAGAGGAAGGACUGGCAAGUAUUCACAGUGUCCUGUUUAGAAAAGACCCCUUUUUAUGGAGGGCUGCCCUCCUCUACUACACUGUUUAUCGAGCCAGCCACAUGUCUUUUUGUGAAUUAUUCAAAGAUAUUGGAAAGUUUGUCAAGGACCCCAACACAAGAUGGGAUUAUUGUGUACGAGCCAAGAGGGGACGGACUGAUACCUCCCAACCAGGGUGUUUCAGUAAAGACCAGGUAUACUUGGAUGGUAUCCUGCAAAUCCUCCGAUAUAGAGAGACCAUUGACUUUCAUCUACUGACGGCCCUGGGGAAGGUCUCUUAUGAAGAUGUGGAUCGCUUAAAAGAAUUGGCAGUUACUGAAAACAUGAGGGUCCCUCACUUCCUGCAGGACCAUGUCCGAUAUAUGGAACACUUAGAGAAGAUCAUGGAAGUGAAUGAACUGACUGACAGGGAACUGAAAGAUCUUAUAUAUUAAUUAGCAUUCUUGCAAACAUAGCUAAGCUAUACCUCCAUGUAUAUUACCAAUUAGGUGCAGUUAGCACCAGCAGAUUUAUAAAAGAAGAAUGACUGUUUACAUGAGUUUUCUGAAGAAUGUUCUGCAGUAUUCAGCUGAAUAUUUAGGUUAAAACAAACUUUAAACUGUUUCCCUAAAAUGUUUCUAUAGGCUACAGGGGAAAGUUACUCCUGUUUUCAUCUGAAUCUCAACAGAGUCAGAUGAAAAUACUGCUGAUGGGUGUUUUUGAGGAAUCUUGGUCAAAUUGAGUGAUAAACUUCUGCCUGAGCACCAAGACCAGCUCUUACUAGAGAUGGAAUUCUUGUGUUGUUCAAACUCCAAGGUAAUAUUUUAUUUAAUAAAUAAUGGUAAUUAUUCUCCUUUGAAAAAUUAGUCUGUGUUAUGCUCCCAAAAGCUAGAAAAUAAGAAAUUUAAGAUUUCUUAUUUACUUAUAUGUUAAGUAAUGUUAAAGGGAGGGGAAAAGCAAUUUGAAAAGUUUUCAUAGUUCUUUAUUUUACACAUUAUUGUUUCACCUUAUCAGCUUAUAGGAACUAAAGUAGAAGAUUACCAUAUUUUGUCCAGUUAUCCCUUAACUAAACUCGGUUUUCAUCUGCUGAAACAUACUGGACACCUUCAAAAUUUUAACCAAGUUUUAGGGUCUUUCCUUCCCAAGUCUCAGAGGUUUUUCUACAUAAAUCAAAAUAGUUGGGGAACAGAGAAGCUACUUACCUUUUUUAUUAAAUGGAGCAAUGAGCAGGGGAUAAAUCAUAUAGGAGCUGGAUGUUGACUGGGUAGCAUCUACAGUAAGCUUGACUGUAUACUCUGAGAAACAGAAUUUCUGGGCAUUGCCAUUUGAUAAACUGGCUUUGUGAUUUAUCAAAAUCUUUGACUUCAUUAAGCCAUUAAUGACAUACUUCGAAUUUCAAGAAUGUGAGUUCUGUUUUACUACAUUUCUCCUGCUAAAAGCUUAUAUCUAGCUUUGUAAUUUAUCAAUUUCAGUAUAUACUUGGAUAGGUAUAAUAGGUAUACUUGGGAUCAAGUAGUUUUUCAAACUUAUUUUAAUCAGAAAGAAUACUGCUAUAAACACCCCAUUCAAAAUUGCUACUGUAAUUUCUACCCAGAGUCUGAGAGUUUAUCUUUACCUCAAUUCAGACUUAAAUAUGGUGCUAACACUGGUAGAUGUAUACUGCAAAGCCUGGUUCACAUUUUAGAAACUCUUUUGCAGACAAGGUUAUGGGAUUUUUCUCUUUCACAUAUCUGGAAGGGCUCGCCUCAAAGAAUGAUAUACUUCAACAAACCUCCAACAAACAUGAUACACUCUAACUGGCACCUGGUAGUUCUUACAAAGCCAUGCAUUUCACCUUUGGCAGUAGCAGGCAAGGCCCUUUAGAGUACUGAAGGUGCCCAUACCUGUGUCAUGCUGGCUGGAGUGUGACCUGCACUGGGGGCACAGUGUGCCAACACUAACCAGACACCAGAAGACCACUCUUGUCCUCUCAAGCAUUAUUUCCUUGUAGCAGAGUCAUCCAGUUUCAGCUUUGUGUAGCGUUUUCUGACUUCAUCUUCAGACUUUUCAAAGGUAGUUGUGAAAACAGUGUCUUAUUAGCUGGAAUUGAAGUACAGACAGAAAUGGCAAUAUUUAUGUCCUGUGACUUAAGGUGAAAUGAUUAUAAAUUCAGCAUUUGUAGGCAAUAACACUGUUAGUCUUAUGUUAUGGUUUAAAUAUAAAGGAAAAUCACAGCAGCCUUAAUUUCCUAUUGGUAGGAUUGUUUGUAGUGGUUAUUUAAAAUGGAUAGAUAUUAUAUGAUCUGAAAAAGGAAAAACUUUCUUGCCUUACUGCUUUGGUAUAAAGACAAAAAACAUGAGCACUAUCCAGACCAAAAAAAAGACCUUAAAUCACAUUAAGAUAUUUCAAAAGUUAGCAAUGAACCAAAAGUAGUUUAAGAUUAGCAGAAAUACUUAAAUAAAGAGCUCUAAGCUUUAAAAGUUGAGAUUGAAGAUUUAAUGUUUAUUCUCUUUCUUGAAAUAGCAUUAAGGUCAGUUUUGCUCUCUAAAAUGAAAGUUUUUAUAAAUAGAAAAUUAUAGCAGCAGUACUUAGGAGAAUAGUUGAAGAUCAUAUUCGUUUUAAUAAGAAUAGUCAUUUGCUAUAGGCUAUUGAUCAUUAGGAUUUCAUCAUCAAUUUUUUCCACUGAAAUUCUAACAUAUAGUUGUAUCAAAUUCUAAUAAACUGUUUGUUAGGUUUUCACACCAGACAGUUUCAAAGUAAAAUAGUCUGCAAACAUAAAUCCAUAGUCUUCAUUUCUUUAUAUUUUCAAUCUUUGAGCAUUUUGUGUCUAGCUGUAAUAGAAAUAAAUAGCACUGAGGUUCUCAAAUGAACUAUUUGGAUAUAUAUGCAUGCAAACUUCUGUUCUUUUAAAACCUAAUUAUAUUUUUAUUGUGGUAUUUCUGGGUUUUUUAUUGUAAUUAUUGGAAAUACCAUCAAUCAUGUUUGUCUUCUAGUAUUCUUAUUUAUAGAGAAAUAUUAUAUUUGCCACACUCUACCUUUCCACUAAUUAAUUCAGCAUAUACUCCCAUGGGGCAUAGGGAAAAGGAGAGAGGGAAAAUUCUGUCUUAAUUUACUACCCUGUUUGUUUAUUGAAUAAACUUUUAUGCAGAACCGAUUGAGGACCAGAAUCUGUGCUGAGUGUCAGAGGUCUUCUGAUGAAGACAAGAAAUGUUCCACAGUCCAGUGAGGAAGAGAGUAGCACAGACCCAGGUUACAGCACUGCCAGUACCAUACCCAAAGUAUUACCAAAAGAAUGUAAACGGGCCUGUUCAUGUGUUUGAAGCACAGAGACAAAGAUCACUUGCAAAGUAGUGAGUAUUUAUAGUAUUUUAUUACCACUCUUUGCAAGGCUUGUUUGGAUCCUGAGCAACUUUAGCCUAGGGGAAGGAGUAGACUAAGAAUACAGUUGCUUGGGUCAUCACGGGCCCUGAGGAGAUCCCUUGAGCCCUUCAGCAGAUGCCCAAGGGAGUCAGCACUUUAUCCUUAAGUGUCUUGGUCUUUGAAUUCAAACCUUUAUGGCACUUGUGAAAGCCUUGUCAGCUGGCUACGAUUUCAUUCAUUUUUGUUCACUCUGAUUCCGGUGGCUAAGGGAAUUAAUAUCUUGAAACUGCCAGGAUGAGAAAUACCAGUGUUUGUUAGCUAGCUGUAAGAAUAUGUGGAAUUUUAAGUAUGCGGAGGGAAAAGCAUAUGAAGAGGAAGCAAGAGGGCAGCCAUCUGCAAGCCAAGGAGAGAGGCCCAGAACAGAUCCUUCCCUUAUGGUUCUCAGGAAAAAUCAAGCUUUCCAACACCUUGAUCUUGAACUUCUAGCCUUCAGAACUGAAAAGAAUUGUACCUAAAGAAAGAGGACAAAGCAAAGAGCAGAAAUCUGACCACUAAGAGGAGAUUACUAAGCAUUCAUUUCUUCCCAGCUAUCCAGUUAUCCUAACAAAAGACAACGAGCUUCAGAAGUGAUAUCAGCAUGGCUGAAAAAGCUUUCCCUCAUUUGUAUCCUCCACCCUCAGCAAUUUGGUAUCCAUAUACAGACAGAAAUGACCUGGUGGGAGCUUAGGGAUCAACACCAUGCAACUUUGUAGGAAUCGCCUAGCAACCUGGUAGGAAUCUUUCCUGCCCAUGCAUUGGCUUAUAGGCAUACAGACCUAGGUCCCGGCUUGGACCCUGCCGUGGCCUGUGAACCAGCUCCAGGCCCUCUCGGCUGCAGUGUGGAAAUCCCUAGAAAGUACUGUCUUAGACAGACAGUCACCCACAGACAAGAGCACCUUUGUGAAAGUCUGGGUUUCCAGUGGAGAAUUUUCAGCACAUUUUUGGAGCAGUAAAUGAGUUCAGAUGCUUUGAAGAGGAACAGUUUGAUUUUACCCUCAUUAUCCUUCCCUCAAGGUGGCACAGUUCAGGGCCAAGAGAGACCUUCUCAGCCCAUGAUUUCUCCUGGAGGGGAAAAUGCAAGUGACUGAGUACCCAGCUUCUCCAACUAUGUGGGAAGCCGCCAGAGAGGCCUAUUUCUCUCUUGCCUCAUCCAGACUACUGAAUCUUGAGCUGCAUCAUGAGGGGGUGGGAAGGUGCUAGGAGAACAACAGACAGGACUCUUGGAGGGCAGUAAAGAGUCACAGAGCCUACUCACAGUCCCAUCAAGAAGCUAGCCCACAUGGCACUGGGGACACCUUAGCUGUGGGUCUCCCUGACCAGCCAGUGGGAACCAGUAGUGCUCCAUGUGCCUCACCCCCCGCCCCCACCCUGUGGCUUCCUGUCACACUCCUGAUAGCAUCAAGAGUAAGCUUUGGCAGAUGGCUAGUGAACAUGCAAAAAAAGCCAAACUGAAUCUGCAGGCCCAAGGGAGACCACAAACGUGAGCUUUAGCCCCACACUUGGGAAAGCAGAAGGGAGAUUGUCAGCACCUAACCUUUUGCAUUGCAGACUCAAGAGAAGACAUACAAGCUUAAGGAUUCUGCCAUAAGAGGCCAAGAAGUGUGGAGCAGGCUUACCCACAGCUGAUCUGAGGAAGCCUCAGAAUCUCUAGCAGGGAUGACUAAAGUUACUUCUCUCCUGAAGCAGUUAGUAAAGACUAGAGGAAGCAACUGCUAUUUCAGAUACAAAGACAACAAAGCAAAACUUAAGAAAACAUGACA